AUGGCCCUCUUCCUCUCUCCCCCUAAGCUCGUGCUGCUCGCCGUGCACCUUGCUGUCAAAGCCGAUAUCGACAGCUUGACCUCUCUCGCCGCCCACCAUGGCUCUGUUCUUCGCAAAGAACUCCUCCUACGCAUCAUUCUUACAUAUCUUCCCGAAACUCUGCGAUCGAGCGACUACGUCACCCUAAUCGAACACAUCGAGCGUGGAGACUUUUCCGAAUCGCAACUUGAUCCCACGGAAACCGAGAAGCAGCAUGGAAUCGACAUUACUUCCGUCGAGCCGCUUACCGAAGAAGAGGCCAUCAAGAAAGUCAAGAAGCUCCGACUGCUACCCCUGUCCUCGCCUGAGGCCGCUCCAUCCACAGCAGAAGUCGCCGCCGACGACACUACAUCGCUAUUUCUCCUGCGCAGGUCCUACAAGGUGGAUGAAGAGGCUGGUUUGCUCACCGAGCUGCCGGCCUUGUUAACACCGUUCCUGGAUCACUCGCCCGCAAUCAGGUGGCUAUUGGUCUCGACGAUACUGCCGCUCCUGCGGCGCAACUGCGAAUACUAUCCCCACGAACCGAUUCCGUACACACUGGCGGCAUUCCAAAGAUUGCCGGACAGGACGAUAGCCAACUUGUUAUUGUCACAGACAGGCGCUCGCGAGGAGGAUUAUGGACAGAUCGGACGAGACCUGAAGGGCAUCAUUGCGCCUUGGUUGCUGGAUAAGAAGCGCUGGAUUAACGGUGGUCAGAAAUCUGGCUCUGCUAAGGACUCGACGCCUAGGGGUGCCGACGCGGAUGAGGAUCCUUGUCCAGGGUGGAAUCAGGUGUUGCGUUGGCUCACUUCGAUUGCAUCGAAGAACUGGAGGGUGGCCGCCAAUGCUUUUGAUCAAUGGGAGGGUCCUCGGUCUGUGGAUUUGGGGGGCAUUUGGGUGGGAGAAGAGGAGAGCCAGCCAAACGACGAGCAGCGGCGUCAUCUCGACUGGACGGCUGUCGUCAUCACGAAUCAGGAUCCUCUUCCGCCACUACAAAAUGCAGUGGGCUUGUUAGCACCGCUCGCUGAGCAAGUCGAUGGCAUUGUGGCCUCGCCAAAGAACGCGACAUACCUACGCAAUGAUCUCCUGGAGUCCUCGAACAUUCUUACGUGGCCAACGGAGACGUCAACUGCUUUCUGCCAAGCCUUGAUAAUAAGCGCUUUCAUCCUCACCAGAGCUGGGUCUCCAUGCACCCUUAGGAGGGCGGGUGAGCUCGCACUGCUGCAGGAUGAGCGGGAGCAAAAAGCGGAAGCCCUCAAGCUUAUUCACGCUCUAGCUAACCAGGGACCGAAGACGGACGACAAGUUCUGGAUGAAGGCCAGAGAUGAGUUCCUUUGGCUUCGUGAUUGGGGUGCUGAGGAUGCCUGGGGCGCCACCGACUCGAGGCCCAAAGGCAUCUUCAGCCAGUUGAAGAAGGAAUUUUUGGAGGUCGAGUUCUUGAAGGCCUUGCUUACCAAUACUCGUUACGCUUUGGCAAAAUCGAUUUACGAAGACUCGGUAGAACGGCCGUUGGACGAAAAGGUGCUGAAAGAUGCCGUUUUCUCCACGGCCAUGACUGCUUACGAUAAUGCCUCCAAUCCUAACCGCACAAGGGGUGGGCUGAAGAAGUGUGAUGACAUCAUCAAAGCAUUCCCCAACACGAUCUCAAAGUCGGAUCCCGUGGCCCAAAAGAUCGAGGCCCUUCUCCAAGCCACACAUUCCCUCAGUGAAUUCCGUCUAGUGCUAAAACAAGGCGAACCCUUUACACCAGUUGUUCUACGAGUCCAUGCCGACCCUAUCUCCAUCAUCGACAGAAUUCUCGAACAGAACCCCAAGAGCUACACACGGCUACACGACCUCCUCGAUCUUGGGACCCGCAUGGUCAAAGCUGGAUUAACCGCCACCACAAAAACUCCAGCAACCAAACAACAGCAUGGAAGCUACACAGUCGCGACCCUCUCUUCUGAAGAGGAAGCAAAGCAGCGACUAACCGCCGAGCGCCGUAUCACUGCCAUGUGCAUCGACGCCGCUCUUACCGAGGACGACUUCGAGACCGCCUAUUCCUACAUACUCAACCGACUUUCUUCCCCACCAUCCAAGAACAAGUCAUCUUCAUCCAUUGUCGUAGACGACGACUACUCCUGGAAAGCCGCCCUCCAAGCCGGCAAAUACCGACGCACCAGCCGCACCGUCCGGCCCACCCACCUCGGCACCAACGCCAGUGCCAACCCGGAGAUCCGGCACCUCGAGCAGCGCAUCGAGUGCCUUUCUACGGCUUUACGCAUCGCGCCCACCCCCACACUCCAAGAGAUCCUCAACGCGUACCGGCGAGUGGAGGAGGAACUUGACUCAGCCUUGAAGGCGGAAGAAGAAGCCGAAGACGCGUGGGAUACAGCUGGUGAUUCGAUACAUCAUGGCGGUCGGGUGCCGGGUGCUUUUGGGACGCCACCUAGCAGAAAACCUACCAGCAUUACUGGUAUCGGAGGAGGAGGAGGAUCAAGCGCCGCCGCGGCAGCUGCUCGCUCGUCAAAGUCAGACUCUUCUCGUCCCCAGCUGAAGCAGAAACAAACGGAAGAAGCACCCAUGUCGCUCUUCGACCUCUCCCGCGCUAGCGUCCUUUCCGCCCAAAAGAACCUCUCCGCUUUAUCUUCCCUGCAGCGCGUCGCCGGCGGACUGGGUGGACACCUGGGAGGUGUAGCUGGUGGUGUAGCCGGCGGUGUCGGCCAACUUGGCGGGCUCGUUGGCGGUUUCGGCAGUGGUCUCACGUCAAUGCAAGGAAUAGCAUGA